CAAGGAUAUAUUUUUACUUCAGAUCUAUUUCUCUUUGUUCAAAAAUUGGUUCAAACAGUAACACAGAGCUUUUAAAGCUGGCAGCUUUCAUUAGUCUUUCAGAUUUCCACCACGAUUACUGCUGCUGCAGACUCAUCCUCAUCCGACUGACAAACUUCAAGAAAGGUCUCAAGACAAUAAUGGAGAAAAUUACUACUGCACCUUCCUAUCACAUCAAUACAACAGACGUAUACUGGUUUAUCGACCAGUAUGCUGAGCUGAGACAGUCUCUCCACAUCAUGUCUCUCAUUGUUUACUGCCUGGCCUUUGUUCUUGGUGUGCUCGGUAAUGGAGUGGUUAUCUGGGUGACCGGGUUCAAGAUGAAGAAAACUGUUAACACAGUUUGGUUCCUCAACCUCGCUUUGGCCGACUUCCUCCUCACAGCAUUUUUGACCCUGAGUGUGACAUACAUGGCUAUGGACUUCCACUGGCCUUUAGGCAAGUUCAUGUGCAAACUUCACAGCACUAUGACCUUUCUGAACAUGUUUGCCAGUGUCUACAGUCUGGUGGUGAUCAGUGUGGACAGAUGUGUGUCUGUGGUGUGGCCCGUCUGGACCCGGAACCAUCGAAGUGUACGCAAGGCGUCCUUUGUGAGUCUGGGUGUUUGGGUUCUGGCUCUGAUUCUCAGCGCUCCAUACUUCAUCUGCAAGGACACUGGGCCAUCAUAUGACAAUGACGACAUCAUCUACUGCUUCAACAACUUUGCUUUUUCUGAUGACUAUGAAACACCAUCUGUGAAUCAGCUGCGACAGUUUCGUUAUCAGGCCAUGACCAUCACCCGCUUCCUCCUGGGAUUUGUUGUUCCCUUCACUGUCAUUGUCUCCUGUUAUGCUGUGAUAAUCCAUCGUCUCAGAAGAAACCGUACCCUGGCCAGCCAAUCAAGUCGCCCCUUUAAGAUCAUCGCUGCAGUUAUCACCACUUUCUUCCUCUGCUGGUCUCCUUAUCACAUCAUGGCUUUAAUUGAGUUGGUGAGUUUAAUACCUUAUUAUCAAAGUGAAACAUUAAACUAUGUCACCACUGUCGGAGUCCCUAUAGCAACCAGCCUGGUCUUUAUCAACAGUUGCCUGAACCCACUGCUGUAUGUGUUCAUGGGCCAAUAUUUCAAGUCAAGUUUUCAAGUCCGCAAAUCCAUUCUGAAAGUAUUGGAGACUGCAUUCCAGGAAGAGGUUAUCGGCUCUCACACUGAAAAAAAGUCAGUGGACACAAGUCGGGGUACUGAGAAGUCAGUUAGUACUGAAGUAUAAGGCUGUCCAUGACAAGAAGAAACAAAUACUGAAACUGUAAAUAACAAAUCAUUUUGACUCAAAAUGUAUGUCAAAUUAAUUAUUUUUUUCUUUUGUUGUCUUUAUACAUGGCGAGCUGUAAACAUUAUCUGAGAUUGAAGCUUUCCACUGAUGUAGUUUGAUUAAUGUGAUCGAACUGAUCUGGUAUCAAAGUGUAGGCCUACCACCUUUUAACUACGCCUACAGCAUUCACAACCUGAUGGUAAUAUUGUACAAUAAGUUGUUAUGCCUUCUGUGAUCUAAAUCUUUGUUGAAUAAGGUGUGGGAUGUUUUUAGUCACACAGUUCUGUUAUUAGCUGAGAAUCACAGCAAUGCCCCAGGGACGUUGCCCGGGCAACAUUAACCCAUUUGCCCUGAUUAGCUCAGCUGCCCCUCUGGGGAAAUAGCCUAAAUAAACUUUUCUUUCUUUUUUUCUUGUUUGCUGUUUUGGCUGCAUUAAUACAACAAUCAUUAGUAAAGUUAAAUCAAAUUAUAUCACCAUUUCAUCCAAUCUUGGUUAAUUUAUAUUGCCCUUAGCGAUGCCCUCUGCCCCCAGUCAUGUGACUUUGUUUAUUCUCACACACGUAGCACCGCCACAGACGAUUUAGAAGUUACAGGAAAAAUAGUAGUAAAAUACUUUUACUAGCUGAAAUAUGGGAUGGUAAGGCCAGAUAACUGGUUCACAAAGGCUUAAUAAUGUGUUUUAAUCAGAAUCAGAAUAAUAACAAUAUAUAUAAACAAAAAUAUUUAUUGUGCCAAAUAAUAACAAAGGUUAUCUCAAUCAGAAUCCAUGAGUGAAGCCAAAGUCUAUGAAAAGUCAACUGGCCGCACUAGAGUGUUCAGUUGUCUUGUGUGUUUUUAGUAGUGAAAAGUAGGCUAUACUGUGUAAGUUCAUUCUGAUUCAAUAAUUCCAUUUAAGAUGAGGCCCUAACAGAAGGCUCCAGACCAGAGAGUGAGCGAGAGUAUCAUGCAACAAAUCAGACAGGGCCCUCCGAAUGUCUGUGCACAUCCCUGCCUCAGGGGAUUGUAAAAUGCCAUUUUCUGAACAAAAGAACCCAGCAGUUGUUUCUCAAUAGGUAUUACAUGAGUUCAUGGUUAAAUUUGUGUAACACGAGUGAGCUUUGUUUUUUACCAUCUGUCACUUAAGCAACAGAUUGUGAUUGCCAUGUUCUUGCCGGUAUUAGAGCUGAAGUUCUUUGCCCGAACCCGACGGUCGGGUCCCGUUCGGGCUUAAUUUCUAUUAUUUUUCACGG